UGCGCAGGUACUGUCAUUGGUGGAGGUCACAGAGAGGGUGGGCCUAAGGACUGAAAGUCUGAAACACCUGAACAAUUUAACUUUCAAGCCUUGCACUCUUUAUAAACUACAGUGUUGCGAAGGUUUAUAAUAAAAAAGAGAAUGGAAUCAUUUCGUGACCCACUUAGUACGUUGACAGGGAUCGUGGAGGCGACUUCGCUGAAGAGGUGGGCUACAACUGACACUCCAUAUUAUCCUGAACUUGAAGAAGAGAGGGUUUCGAGGUUUCCCUUCAGCUAUGGAAUCAACGAUAAAGUAGUAUUAUGGGAAGGUGAUGCUACAAAGCUAAUUACAGAUUUGAUUGUAAACCCAACCAAUGAGUCACUGACCGAUAAGAAUCCACUUAGUGAGAGAAUACACAAAGUAGCUGGUCCUUUACUGAAGGAGGAAUGCAGAAGUAAUCUUAUAAGUUGCAGAACAGGACAAGCUAAAAUUACAAAAGGAUAUGAGCUCCCAGCUAGAUAUGUUGCACAUACAGUUGGGCCUAGAUAUAAUGUGAAAUAUAAAACAGCUGCAGAAAGUGCGUUGUACAUGUGCUACAGAAAUGUUCUUGGACAUGCAAGGGAGCACCAUUUAAAGUCACUCGGAUUGUCAGUGAUACACACAACAAGAAGGGGAUAUCCACCUGAGGAAGGGGCCCACAUUGCCCUAAGGACCGUGAGAAGAUUUCUUGAAAAAAACUUCGAUGCUUUUGAAGUGGUUGUUUUCAUCGUUGAGCCUAUUGAUGAGAGCAUCUAUAAGAGAUUAAUGCCGCUGUAUUUCCCAAGAAGUAAAAGUGAGGAACAGUAUGCCGCCUCGCUGCUGCCACAAGACAUUGGGAAUGAAGAUGGAGAGCCAUUUAUUGCCGAUAGACAAAUAAGAAUAAAUGAAAAGCCACUGACAAAACGAGACGCAGAAAUCCUUGAAGAGGGCGAAUCACGCGUGGAUUUGAUCAACUCUUUUGUCGGAAGGCAUCCUUUUGCGUCAGUGGCAGCUGAUAACGAUCAGAUCAGGCGCGCAAAGUUGCAUGGGAGAACACCAGAAGAAAUGGAAGUGCUUGAGCAGCAACGGAGGUACGCUAAAUGGGUGAAGCGCUCGAGGACAGAGGAUUUUUCGGAUAUGAUCAAACUCCAGUUUUUGUAUCAGUCAGGGGUUGAUUUUAUGGGCCGUCCCAUCGUCGUUUUCGUCGCAAGGAACUUUCCUGCUCAAAGUAUAGACAUGAACAAGGCUGUUUCCUACUUUGUUCAUAUUAUGGAUGCAAUCGCCAGUAGGGAGUACGUUGUUGUGUAUUUUCACACAUUGGCGACAGAGGACAACGCUUUGUCAAUGUCAUUUCUUCGAGACAUGUAUGAAAUGCUGGACAUCAAGUUUCGUCUUAAUUUACGAAGUAUUUUCGUUGUUCAUGGAUCACUGUGGGACAGAAUCAUUACCUGGUUUUUCACCGUAUUUUCUGCAGCUACAAUAAAGGACCAAAUUAAAUUUCUAAGUGGUGUUCAAUACCUUUAUGACUACAUCAACCCUGAGCAACUUCAAAUACCACCUUUUGUAUUAGAGUACGAUGUACAGGAAAAUGGGCCUAAUUACUACGCACCAGGAAACCCCUAUCGUGUUGGAGCUUACUGAUGCAUCUGCAAACUGAACAUCACUGCAAUUUGGAUCAUGAACAAGAGGGCAUUGGAUUUAUUUCUGUACGUACUGAAAUUGACACAUGCAUACGCAUUUUUGUUCUGUUCUCUGCCAGUUGGGUUCAAAUUGACUGCACCAGUACUAGUCGGCCAUUAUUAAGGGAUAAUGUUUCCCAACCACAGUCAGCAAUAAGUUCCACCCAAGCUCGGUUGUGUGAGUCAUUCCUUUUUGCUUUUUCAUUUGAGACUUCUUGACAACUUUGAUGUCCACAAAUUUCCGUUGAAUCCACGACUAAAAAACGGAAGUUGCAUGCAUUUUAUUCAGUCUCUGCUACAUUUGGCGUUAUGAUUCUUGGCUUUUUUUAUGUAACACAUUUUUUUCGUUGUCGGUACGGUGGGUUAUCCGAAAAAAGUAACUUAUCGAAAUGAGAAUCAAGGAGAAGAGGUUUGUAGCGGUAGCUUGUACUGCUAGUGUGCGUGAUUGGUUUUUCAACCAUACAGGGCCUUCUAGUAGAAAAAGUUCAAAAUGUUUGAAUGGAGUUACUAAACCGCGAGCCAUCAAUUUGAAAUAACAAGGCACCUCUAUUGUUUAAUCUGGCAGUAAUCUUGAUUUAACUGUGACAGCAUUUGAACCUGAUAAUGAAAUAUGCGAAAAAUCCAUAAAAACCAAGAAAUCUAGCCAUAUUUUUAUUUUCCUACAGACCUAAACAUCCCCCAGUGUUACCUCGAGCGUUAAUGUUGUUGAUUAAAUAUAAUCUAAUGCAACGUUAUAUUUAUUUUCAACGUAAUACUUGCUGAGCUUCACGGUUUCUGUUGUUGUUGCUUUUAAGGGUAAUUAUUAUAAUUGUUGUUGUGUUGUUGUUGUUAUGAUGUUGUUGCUGUUGUUUUGUUUUUUUUGUUUUUUUUGUUUUGUAACAAGCACGGUGCGGAAUAGAUGGCUUUGUGUAUUUAGGAAUCUUUAGGGGGGGGGGAGUUUAAGUUAAAUUUAGGAAAUAACGCUAAAGCGGUUUCUGAAAUCUUUUCUAGAUUUAUCAGAAGCGCAAUAUUUUUUUGAUAGUCUUCAAGGUUUUCUUAAGAUGGUACCAAGAAAAUAUGAUAUUAAGUAAUUAUUAGAUCCUGACACAGAGCAAUUUCAUCAUUUAUUGAUAAUCAACUGUCACAAUUUCACUAAUUGCAAUGAAAUCCACUACUUCGCAUCUCAUUUGCGAUGGAUAAUUGGAUGUUGGUGAACAUUUUUGCAUAGUCUUUCUAUUUAUAUAAUUGUAAAUGUAAAAUUGUUUUGGUAAAUUUUGUAAUUUCGUGGUAUUAGUAAAUUUAAAUAUAAAUUUAUCUCUG